GGUCCCGGUACCGUGGCCUUGAGAGAGAUUCGUCGCUACCAGAAGUCCACUGAGCUGCUGAUCCGCAAGCUGCCCUUCCAGCGCCUGGUCAGAGAGAUCGCUCAGGACUUCAAGACCGACCUGCGCUUCCAGAGCUCCGCCGUCAUGGCUCUGCAGGAGGCCAGCGAGGCCUAUUUGGUGGGCUUGUUCGAGGACACCAAUCUGUGCGCUAUCCACGCCAAGAGGGUCACCAUCAUGCCCAAAGACAUCCAGCUGGCUCGCCGCAUCCGCGGAGAGAGGGCUUAGGCUCGACCAGCAGCAGACAACAACCAACGGCUCUUUUAAGAGCCACAUAUCUGUUGGUAGAGAGCAUUUGGCCUGUGUAUUACACAACUGUGCAGAAGUUAACACUUACCGUUUUGAUAUAAUGAAAUGCAAUUUACUUUAAAAUUAUCACGUGGUGCUACAGACAUGCCAAAUGAACACACUGCAGACUUGACAAUGUGAAUGUGAGGGGGCUCCUGGUUUCAUGGGAGCAGGAAGCUCUAGUCUUUUGCUGGGAGAGCAACUGGGAUCCAGAGCUGCUCACCUCUUCUCGCUACUGACAUGCAUUCACACACAAGCCAGGCUAACAGACUCUUCCCCAAUUUUACUGAUUGAUGUAUUUGUAUUGAUUAUGCAUUUUUGCUGU